GGGUGAUUCAUGACGUGAGACUCGCGGGCUGGUUCGUCGUUUUCGUGUCCACAGCUGAAGUUUUGAGAAGAAUUCAAACAUCGAUAAAGUUUGCGUGACAGGCUGUUCUAGCUUACCCGAAGACCAACAUGAGUGGCGACGACUUGAAAGCGAGUGACGGAAAAGCCAGCACCAACAGCGAGCUUGAUGCUAGGAGCAUUUUUGGAGGGAUGUUUGGCAAGCACUCGGCGUCCCCGUAUUCCGUGCUACCCACAUCGCUCGAGGCGGAAGAGUACAACAUGUCGCACCGCAGGCGUGGCAAGUGCGUCAUCUUCAAUAACAGGACUUUUGAAAGCCACACAAAACUGAGUGAGCGAAGAGGCACGGACUUGGAUGCAGAUGACCUUCGGCGCUGCUUCCGUGAUUUGGGCUUUGAAACUGUCAUGUACACUGAUCUGUCCUGCAACAAAACGCGGGACGUUCUGGAAAUACUUGGAAAGCAAGACUACUCGGACGAUGACUGCUUUGUCUGCUGCUUCUUGACGCACGGUGAAUGUGAUGUUCUUUACGGAACGGAUGGCAAGUUCCCGGUUGACACCGUCAUGGAGCCUUUUCGUGGAGACGUCUGUCCCAGCCUCCUUGGCAAGCCCAAGCUGUUCUUCAUUCAGGCCUGUCGGGGAGAUCGGCUUGAUGCAGGGGCCCAAGCAGUUCUGGACACCUCAGACUCGCCUACCCGGAUAUACCGCAUUCCCACACAUGCUGACAUCUUGGCCGCCUACUCCACAGUGCCAGGUUUCUACUCGUGGCGUAACACAAUGCGAGGCUCCUGGUUCAUCCAGGCCCUCUGCUCAGUGCUUCGAGAACGGGCGCAAUCUGCAGACCUGCUCUCUAUGCUGACGGUGGUGUGCCGCCAGGUGGCAUUCCACUGCGAGUCGUACACUCCAAAUGACCCCCACAUGCACCGCAAGAAGCAAGUUCCUUUCAUCACCUCCACUUUGACCCGGCUGGUCUACCUCAAGCGGCAAAGCUGAAAGCAGCCUCCUCUUAGUCGCACUGCUCACCAAGUCGAGCAGAGCCGCUUUACAGGAAUCAUCGCAUUCGCAAAUGCGCCUCUGCUCAAAGCUCUCUGUGAAAGAGGUUUCAAAACAUCUUUUAUUGAAACCUGACCAACGCGCUGAAAUUAGUGUGAUGCCUUUCAAGGAGCAUUAUCCCAAAGAAAUGUGUGAAAAGGAACUAAUAUGAACAGAGUUUCACCGGCUGUCUUGCUUAGCUUGAAACAAACCUAAAAAAAAAUGCAGCAGGUCCAACGAGUUAGAAUCUAUCUACCGCGAAGCUCUGUAUGAGUGCAUAAACAGUCAAAACACAAUUACACGCAUGCACACACAAACGCGCAGGCGCUCACGAAUCAUACCGAGUCAUUCAGCAAGGGAACAGCCAGGCCACGGUCACAAAAUUAGGCGAGGUUUGCAAAGAAAACCUUCACUUUUUUAAAAGAAAAAGGAAGUCCUACAUUAGGCGACUAGGAUCAACGACACCCAGGUGAAAAUAUUGCAACUGGUGACAACUGGGACCAGUUAAAGUGGCUUAUGGCAGAAUUCCCAGUGGGGACCAGUUGCCAGUUGGUCCCAGUUGGGACCAGUUGCCAGUGGGUCCCAGUUGGAACCAGUUGCUAGUGGGUCCCAGUUGGGACCAGUUGCCUGUUGGCCCCAGUAGGGACUGGUCGGUCUGCUAGUGGUCUGCAGCUGGGUUCAGUAAAAAUGUGACCCGAUGGGGCCAUUUUUUUGGCUCCAGUGCAAGAAAGACAAGCUUGGAUCAUCAUCAAAUGUUUAUUUGAUGCAGUCUACAAAGUGUCAUUCGAUGUAGCCACCUGCAAUCUUGAUUGAGAGCUUUUCGUUGACUUCAACCAAAGGACGUCCUUUUGAGGAAGUGGUUAAAAAAACCUGGGCAGAAAAAUACACAUAGAAGCAGUUAAAAACAGGGGUGCUAGUUACCACUAAACGUAAUUAACCUGGCAAUAUUUGCUUCCACAUUAGAAUAAUGUGGCUCCGCAAUUACCAAACUAAGUUUAGGACAGUGUGAUAUAUGCUAGCUCAAAAUGUCUAUCAUAAUAAAAAAUUACGCCACAUGACACGACAGGACAAUUAUAAAGCACACAAAAUCAACAUGAUAUGUGUGUUCCAUCGUAACAGUAGGCAGAUAUAAGGAACUCUAGACAGAAAUCUUGCACAGCGUUGUCGGAAACAGGCAUGUCAUUGCUGCGACGCACACAGCAAUCGGCCCGACGCCACUGUACAGAACUACUUACGUCCACCAUCAGGAUAAAAAAAAAAAGAAGAAAACACUUCAUACUGUACUAUAGAAUCAUAAAUAAGAAGUAUAAUUACCUCGAAAUGGUAAAUCGGCACCUGGGAAAACGCUGCACAUCGAUGCAUGCUGAUAGAUCCACAAAGCCGCGAAGGACAGGGGUAAAAGAGUUGCCUUGCGUUGUUUUGAAGUUACAACAGCAGCCACAGAUAAAAACUAUCCAAAUGUACUACCGCACGAAUGAGAUAGCGCAGGCGCUAACACCACGGGUUCCUUAAAAACACAUCGUUCAGUCACAAACAUGCACGCACGCCUCGCGUGACGCCUCGCUACGGUGGCUAGCCUCGCCUUGACAUGGCAGCCGCCAUUGCACACGUGCUGUGCGCAACUACGGCUGACUACGGUCGCAGUUUUAUGUCUUCCCUGCCCGCCGUGUUCCCUUCUCUGCGCUACUGCUCUUUGAUGUUAAUAAAUAUUACGGCCUUUUAUAUGCGGUAUCAAGUUAGCAAUUUAGAUUAAACGUUUAACAUUUACUUUAUGCACACUUCAACAGAAAAUACGACACUGCUGAAACUUCAGCCGCAAACAAAUAUGGUUGCUGCUAUUGCACCGUCGUUCGUAAGCUGACCGGGCACCGCGAUCUGCCUUGCAGAUUACGACUAGUUGUUCGGUUUUUCCUUUUUUUUUGUGGCGAAGUAUUCGCUGUACUGUAAACAUUAGCAACCCAACUCAACGACUCAUCGCGACGAGGUUCAGUGAAGCAAAAUUGGCAAGACCAUGUAGGCGCACGUCACUUUUGUGUAUGUCGCUGAGAUGGCCAUUUCUAGCUUAGUGCGCUGAAACUAAUGCAAACGUACGAACGCAAUCUGCUGCACAAUUGUACAGCAGAAUUUUUAAUUAUUCAGUGAUUAAUUAGAAACACGUGCCUCUCCAUGCAAGCAAGCGGUCCGCUAGUCUAAUUUUUUAUCAAUUAACUUUCACCAGCAAACAAGAGCUGCGGAAUCAAGCAAUACAUGUUGUAUCAGACCAGCAACAAUCAGCAUAAGGCCAAUAGAACCAAUUAGUCUAACGGAGAAACUAGUAGACAUGCAACACUGAUUGUGUAAGACUAAUAAGUACAAUACACAGGGCCAUUGGUCUUACAGGUAAAUCAGUACGACUAAUAGAAAUUUCUGUCAAUUGGUUUAAUACAAAACUGUAUUAGACUAAUUAUUACAAACUUCUAUUAGAAUUUUCGCUAGGGUUGCUCAAACUGCCAAACAUAAUUACUCAGUAUAAGUAUAUAGACUAGCUGCUGCUGUCUUAGCAAGCACUGCAUGUUACUUGCUUUCAGUUAAACUUCUGUCACCAUUUCAUUAGGAUCCAAACUGGAACCAGUUGCUACCAGUACAACUGGUCAAUGCUCCAGUUGGAAUCCAACUGGAACCAGUUGAUUCCAGUACAACUGGUCAAAGUUCCAGUUGGAUCCCAACUGGGUCCAGUCACUCCCAGUAUAACUGGAAAUUGUUCCAGUUGGAUCCCAACUGGAACCAGUUGCUACCCAGUUGCUUUCCAACUGGGACCAAUUGGUGUGCAACUGGGAGCAGUUGGUUUCCAGCUGGAACCAGUUCAUCCCAGCUGAUCCCAGUUGGAUACCAGUUGGAAAUUUUCACCUGGGCACAUUGUUCGUUGUUGUCUUGAGUUACUCGGACUGGUUCAUUAGUGCAAUAACUAAUCAGUCGAAUGGGCACCACAGACCUGUUGAGCUCUGUAUUAGUAAUUUACUCUUCUACAAUGCCAGAAAAGGCACUCUUACAUGGGAGAAGGCUUGAUAAGCCAGUAAACACACUGAAAUGAAAGAUCGGUGGCGACAUUGCUUUGAAGUUCCUACAUUAGCUCGCCGUCGUGUCACGGAUUUUGAUGCCGUCUGCUCAUGCCUACCUAAUCUUUCAUCGCUAAAGAUUUACUAGCAAGUUCUGAGAUCGUUCAUUGUGCCGCAACUGCCCAAAUGUGAAAUAUAGUUUGAAAUCUGGGACAUCACACGGAUACACCGGUGCCACGGUGCCACGGUUUCAACAUGGAAUCUAAAGAUGAAAUUUUGGCUUUCAUUUUCUCUUCAGAUAACCAAUUUUUACUGCAACAGUAACGAGAAUUAAGUUUUGAACAAUUGUAAUAUCAGUCUAAACUGCUUUAGUGCUUUAAGUAUACAAAAUUUGAAUAAGUCAUUACAGUUAAUAACAUAGGUCACUUACCUCCAACAAAGCAAAAUGAUGUUUCACAGUCUGUGCAGUGCGGAUCCCGAAACAUCACUUUAUUUCAUAUUGUGAGCAAUGGAUCAAUAUGGGCCCUGAACUGUUAGAUUGCCUACAAAGUAGGUAGAUAGGCAGGUAUAGGGUUAACCAGCAUGUAGGUAAACAUGUUCGAGGCAGCAUGCUUCCAGCUACCCCAUUUCACUUAUCAGCACGAGGGAUUUGUAGAAAUCGUGAAAAUGACACUUUGUUUUGACAUUGGUUGAGCUUCCUGUUUUAUUAUAUAACAAUACCUUUAUCCUUAUACCAAACUGUGUUGUCACGUUGCCAUGACGAUACAGAAUAGAACUGCUAAAGCCUCAAUUAAAAAUUUAACUCUUUAUUGGGCAUACUUGUGCCCAGCCAAACAAACAACACUCGAAGCCCAAUGAUAGCGAUGAGCACAGUUGUAGAGAAUCUAAUCGAUAGGUCAAGCAUGUUGUGCUGCUAAGCCCGAGGACAUGGGAUCAAAUCCCAGUCACGGCAGCCGCUCUUAGAUGGGGCGAAAUGCAAUAACGGCCGUGUACCGUCCUUUGGGUGCACGUUAAAGAACCCCACGUGGUCAAAAUUAAUCCAGAGUCCCCCACUAUAGCAUGCCUCAUAAUCAUAUUCUGGUUUUGGCACAUAAAACCCGAGAUUUAAAUUAUUAAUUUUUGGGUCGAGUGUGUCGGCUAUUUCAUCAUCAGCCUAUAUUUGUAUGUCCACUGCAGGACGAAGGCAUCUAAUCUCCAAUUACUCCUGUCUUGCGCUAGCUGAUUCCAAUUUGCGCCUGCAAAUUUAAUAACUUCAUCACCCCACCUAGUUUUCUGCCGUCCUCGACUGCACUUCCCUUCUCUUGGUAUCCAUUCUGUAACUCUAAUGGUCCACCGGUUAUCCAUCCUACGCAUUGCAUGGCCUGCCCAGCUCCAUUUUUUUCUCUUCAUGCCAACUGGAAUACUCGCUAUCCCCGUUUGCUCUCUGAUCCAAGCUGCGCUCUUCUUGUCUCUUAACGUUAGGCCUAACAUUUUUCGUUUCAUUGCUCUUUGUGUGGUCCUUAACUUGUUCUCAAGAUUCUUUGUCAACCUCCAAGUUUCUGCCCCAUACGUUAGCACCGGUAGAAUCCAAUGAUUGUACACUUUUCUUUUCAACGACAGUGGUAAGCUCCCAGUCAGGAUUUGGUCGUGCCUGCCGUAUGCACUCCAACCCAAUUUUAUUCUUCUGUAAAUUUCCUUCUGAUGAUCAGGGUCCCCUGUGAGUAAUUGAUCCUAGAUAAACAUACUCCGCUACAGACUCUAGAGGCUGACUAGCGAUGCUGAAUUCUUGUUCCCUUGCCAGGCUAUUGAACAUUGUCUUCAACCCCACUCUUCGGCUAUUUUUACAUUACUAAUCAUACGUACCUGCAUAAUUGCUGGUGCUCGCGUACCACUACUUGCGUCACACGUAAUCUGAUUAGACAAGAUUCUCUCACAAUAGAAUUGGUCACCAACAACAUUCAACAAAGUUUCGAUACAUUCAGGCAUGUGUUGCACUGGGCGAUAACUUUUAACAGUUGUCAGCAGUUGAAAAACUGUCACUGGAAAAAGUAUGAAGAAGGUGCGUGUGUCAGUAUUCUGUCGCCCUUUUAAAGGAGCGCUGACACUCAAUUUCAAAGUUGUAGUAGCUCUACCACACACUUCUCACUUGUAAAGGGAUGACACUUGUCAAGCAUGCAGGUUGGGUUAGGCCUAAUUUGGACAGCUGUCUUCCUCCCCCUCAUGGCACCGGUUUCUGUCGGAUGGAGAGCGUUUCCUUGCCUGUUUUUUCUUGGGAAUGCGAUGGCGGUGACGUUAGCCAAUGCUCCCAACAUUGCUGGCAUCCUGUUAGUGAAAAGAAGGUGGGGAAGAGACGCUCCCUCCGGACAGAAACUGGUUCCGUGAUAGUGACACGAUGGGCAGAUGUCCCAGACCUGACAUCAUCAUUACUAAUGAUGUUAUAACAUACCUGAAUUUCAGGAUGUUGUGCAGCAA